GCAACAAAACAAAAAAACACAAGAGAAGCGAUCGAUCGAUCCGCUACACAAGGCAGGUUACGAGAGCAAGAUGGCCAGCUCCAAAUCGACGGCCGGUUUCCUCGCGAUCCUCCUGGCGGCGGCGAGCCUGGCGCUCCACGCCGGCAUGGUGCGCGGGCAGAGCCCGUCGCCGCCGCGCGGCAACCCGUGCCCGACGAACGCGCUGGCCGACCUGAAGGUGUGCGCCGACGUGCUGGUGCUGCUCAAGCUGAAGAUCAACGUGCCGGCGAGCCAGCGGUGCUGCCCGCUGCUGGGGAGCCUCGUCAACCUCGACGUCGCCGCCUGCCUCUGCGCCGCCAUCAGGCUCAGCGUCCUCGGCAUCCCCGUCAACCUGCCGCUCGACGUGCCCCUCGUCCUCAACUACUGCGGCCGCAACGCCUCCGCCGCCGGCGCCAACUGCUCGUGAUUUCUUUCGUCGGACGGCGCCGUGUCCUUUGCUAGACAUACAUGCACGUACGGGCGAAUGCUAGCUCGUGCAGGCAUGCGUAAUUAACAGUGUUGUUUUGGUCCUAUGAUACUUGGUAUUUGCAUGCACGGAUCGUUGCAUUUGUAAUAUGUGUAAGUUGCUGGACGCAUAUCUCACGGCUUCAGUGACCAGUGAUCAAUAAGUUGGUGUCUAUAAUAUCUUAUCUUGGAAGGUGAAUUCUGUUUUUGUCUAAGUUUUCUUUGUGUUUCUUGUCUAAAUUCCCCCCUGAAGCAUGCUGUUAACUACUUUGCCAAUUUGUACCUCCACCUGGCGAUCCCACAUCUGCAGAGUUUGAACGAAAUACAA